AUGUCUGAUUUUAUAACGGAAGAAGGUGGAUACACCUGGGAACAGGCUUAUAAACGUACUUGGGAGGAAACUGAAGAUGAUCCUUCCCAUACUUUGCUAGAUAAAGUUAAAAAUCGAGAAUUGAACCGCUUGCGUUCAAGAUUAAGAACUGAAACACCAGAACUCCAACGAGGCAUGAUGCGUCAUUUUUAUAUCGUCAUUGAUCUUUCUUCUGCCAUGGACGACACCGAUCUGCGGCCCACUCGUCUAUUAUGCGUUUCUGAGAUAUUAGCUUCCUUUAUCUCUGAAUUUUUUGAUCUGAAUCCCAUUUCUCAGAUUGGGAUCAUCGGCACUCAAAAUGGCACUGCUUUUUUUAUCUCCGAACUUUCUGGAAAUUAUAAAAAUCAUAUACAAGUUUUGCGAGAAAAACUUCCAGCGAUGAGUACAGCCGCUCCUCCUUCCCUACAGAAUUCUCUAAUUCUCUCAAAACAUUCUUUGCGCAAUGUACCAUCGCACACGUCUCGUGAAGUUCUUAUGAUUAUUGGAAGUUUGACUUCUUGUGAUCCUUCGAAUAUUUUUUCUACUAUUAAAGAAGUCAAAGAGGCAGAAAUCACAUGCUCAGUGGUGGGGCUCGGCGCUCAUAUGAAGAUCUGCCAGACCAUUGCCGAUGCUACUCACGGCCGUUACGAUGUUAUUUUACACGAGCAUCACUUUAAAGAAGUUCUUCAGUUUUAUCUUUCUCCUCCUUGCAUAUCAAGUAAAGCCACUCCUGCGCUUCUGGCUCUUGGCUUUCCUAGGCGUAUUUCCAGCGAGAAAAGUUACCUUUGUACUUGCCACGGCUUAGUCACCCGGGAAGGCUACACAUGCCCCACGUGCGCUUCCAAGUAUUGCGACGUUCCUUAUGAAUGUGCCAUUUGUGGACUGACCCUCGUGUCCUCUUCGCAUCUUGCUCGUUCGUAUCACCAUUUGUUUCCUGUUCCUCCUUUCGAAGACUAUAAAGAAGAGCUUUGCCUCAAUAAACGAUACGACGCUUUACCCGUCAAAGUCGCGCAGUGUUAUUUAAUGCCCACUUGCCAACCGGUGUCGUCGUUGAAACAUUAUUUUUAA